CACAAUGCAGAACCUUGUGCUGAUCCUUGGGAUCGUGCUGCUCCCUAGAGCCUGUGCCUUGAAAUGUUACGAAUGCAUACCGGACCUCUCUGGAAGCUGCGCUCAGACAACAAAAGAAUGUCCUUCCAACACUCAGUGUGGAUCAGUAAGAGUGACUUCAUAUGCAGGUGGUUCAAAACUGGUUGAUAUUAAAGCGAAAAGUUGUGCUGCGGCUGAGGAGUGUGUUCAGGCCUCAAUCAACUUUGGAGUUUCUCAAACUCUACUGACCAGCAAGUGUUGCACCUCUGAUCUUUGCAACUCUCAAGAUGCCCCUGAGGGCAGCAUCUCAUCUCCAAAUGGGAAAAAGUGCUUCCAAUGUGAUGGAAACGAUUGCACAAAAACUCUAAAUUGCAAUGGAGAUGAGGACCACUGCAUCUCAACAAGAGUGACUUCAGGAGGGCAAAAGGUGACUGUAAAGGGCUGCGCCUCCAAGGUGGUUUGCUCAAGCACACAAUCUGCACAGAUUGCAGGAAUCAUAGGAACAGAAAUCAGCUGCUGCCAGGGUGACCUCUGCAACAGUGCCAUCAGUACAACUGCUGGCCUUCUGCUCUUUGUGACACCGCUGAUCUCUCUGGUCUUGUUCUCUUAGCUGAUGGAAACAACAACAUCACAGCCGAGCUUUUCUUAUGACUGUCACAAUGUUGCCUCUCAUUUCACCAGAGCUUAAAAAAUAACUACAUUUUUGUAACUAAACAUAAUUUUUGGUUUGUGGAGAAAAUAAAUGAAUACAUUUCUUAAA